AUUCGGUGGGCAGGACGGAGAGCUCGCUAAAGCUAAACAGUCUGUCGGAGGCAAAUAAAACUAAAACCAAGCACAAAUAUGUCUGGACGCUCGGUUCGCGCUGAGACACGAAGCCGCGCUAAAGAUGACAUGAAGAAGGUGAUGGCGGCCAUUGAGAGGGUCAGAAGAUGGGAGAAGAAAUGGGUCACUGUUGGAGACACAUCUUUGAGGAUAUUCAAAUGGGUACCAGUGGUGGAUACAAAAGAAGAGAAGAGUAAGGUGGUCCCGGCUGGAGCAGUCAGGGAGCUGAAUAGCUUCUCCACAGAUCCAGCCUCAGAAAACACACAUUCAAGUCAUCUGGAUUUUCAUGAUGAGAACAGUAACCAGAGCUCUCUGUCUGAUGCGUACCAGCCCAAAGUGGACAGCAGCAGUAACUCUAGCCCCCAGCCUAGUGAACCUCUGAGCCCCAAGAACCUGUGUGACUUCCGCACAGAUGACUCACAGCCCCCGACUCUGGGCCAGGAGAUCAUGGAGGAGCCGUCAUUGCCAAGUGAACUGGCUGACGAACCUCCGUUGCUAAUUAAAGAGGACUUGUUGCCCCGCACUCCUCAGGAGGAAGAGGAGUGUUCUGGAGCUCCACCACUGAAGAGGGUGUGUUCUGAGCAGAACUCUGUCCUGCAGAGCUCCUCAAUGAUGAGCUAACACACUGCACAUAGCAUCAGACUCGGACCCAAUUCACUUCAGGCACUUUGUUGAAUCUCAUUUUUUGUUUUGGAAAAAUUGUCUAUCAUUUUCAAUGACAGACAUUUCUGGUUCAUAAAUUGAACAAAACAUUUUAAACAAAUUGAACUCUAAACUAAUUUGCUGAUUUUAAAAUAAAAAAUGCUUUGAACCAGGCUUAGCUUUUAGUCAGCGAGUUGCACGACUGCAAGUCUAUCCUCCGAUGACUGCAAUGGAUACGUUUUAAGGACCAGACAUAUAGAAGGACCACCAUACUUGUUAUGAUUUUAUAUUGAAUCUCUUUCAAAGUGAUUUCAUUUUUCCCUUAAAGGACCCAUGAAUAUGUAGUUUAGUUGACACUAUUUAGUUUCAAUGGAUUAACAGCGGAAUAGAAAACCAAAGCACUCUACCACCACUCUCCCGAGGUAGUGCAGUCUGGUAGGUUACAUGUAUGCCCUUUUUUAAUUUUCUUUGAUUUUUCUGUCUACAAAUAUAACUUUUCACGUGAACUAUUUAUUGCAAGGCAAUGACAGAAAAUGUAUGAAGUAAUAGUUGAAUUAAGCUAUGGUCAGUGUUGUAGGUUUUAAGUCUGAUUGGCUCUAUUUUGAAUGCAGCUUCAUAUUGUGCCAUUGACACUUGUUUACUCAAUGCUAGCUGUCAGGAUCUUUUGUCAGUUUUGACGAUUUCUAAAUCAAGUGUUAUAUCCGUCCAUCCAGGACACGCUGGUGUGCAAAUCAAACGCACUAAGUUUAACAUUGUAGAAUGUUUCAAAAUUACAAGUACUGUAUGUGAUGUUUUUGAAGUUACUUAAAUGAUGCUACUAGGUCCUUAUUUUUUUGUUUAUCUCUUAAAGAUGUCUCAGUUAUUUAAGAGUUCAUUUAUAAAAUGAACACAGAUUGUUUCAGUCUAAAAUCUGUCUUGAGUUAUCGUCCUUAGUAACCCAAGGAAGCACUUGUCUUUCUCAGAGAUAUGUUUUAUGUUUAUAUUUUACUUGAGUGAAAUUAGGAAAUUUAAUUGAUCAGGUUAGCAUGUACACUGACUAUUUUAUGUUAUUUUGGAAUGAUUGUAAUACUUAAUAGUAACCAUUUUAUUUAUUGUACCAGUCAAAAAUUUGGACACCUACCCAUUCAAGGGUUUUUCUUAAUUUUUACUAUUUUCUACAUUGUAGAAUAAUAGUGAAGACAUCAAAAUUAUGAAAUAACACAUAUGGAAUCAUGUAGUAACCAAAAAAGUGUUAAACAAGUUUAAAUAUAUUUUAGAUUCUUCAAAGUAGCCACCCUUUGCCUUGAUGACAGCCCUGCUCACUCUCUCAACCAGCUUCAUGAGGUAGUCACCAGGAAUGCUUUUCCAACAGGCUUGAAGGAGUUCCUACAAAUGCUAAGCACUUGUUGGUUGCUUUUCCUUCAAUCUGCGGUCCAACUCAUCCCAAACCAUCUCAAUUGGGUUGAGGUCGGGUGAUUGUGGAGGCCAGGUCAUCUGAUGCAGCACUCCAUCACUCUCCUUGGUCAAAUAGACCUUACAUAGCCUAGAGGUGUGCUUUGGGUCAUUGUCCUGUUGAAAAACAAAUGAUAGUCCCACUAAGCGCAAACCAGAUGGGAUGGCGUAUCACUACAGAAUGCUAUGGUAGCCAUGCUGGUUAAGCGUGCUUUGAAUUCUAAAUAAAUCGCAGUGUCCCCAACAAAGCAACCCCCACACCAUCACACCACCUCCGUGCUUCACGUUGGGAACCAGAUUUCCACCGGUCUAAUGUCCAUUGCUCGUGUUUCUUGGCCCAAGCAAGUCUCUUAUUCUUAUUGGUGUCCUUUAGUAGUGGUUUCUUUGCAGCAGUUUGACCAUGAAGGCCUGAUUCACACAGUCUCCUCUGAACAGUUGAGAUGUCUGUUACUUGAACUCUGUGAAGCAUUUAUUUGGGCUGCAAUCAGAGGUGUAUUUAAUUGCCAAUUUCUGAGGCUGGUAACUAAUGAACUUAUCCUCUGCAGCACAGGUAACUCUGGGUCUUCCUUUCCUGUUGUGGUCGUCAUGAGAGCCAAUUUCAUCAUAGCGGUUGAUGGUUUUUGCGACUGCUUUGAACUUUGGAAGUUCUUGAAAUUUUACGAAUUGGCUGACCUUUAUGGCUUAAAGUUAUGAUGGACUGUUAUUUCUCUUUUGCUUAUUUGAGCUGUUCUUUCCAUUUAAUAUGGACUUAGCCCGAUUUGGUAAAAGACUAUCUUCUGUAUACCAACCCAACCUUGUCACAACACAACUGAUUGGCUCAAAUGCAUUAAGAAGGAAAGAGAUUCCACAAAUGUACUUUUAAGAAGACACACUUGUUAAUUGAAAGGCAUUCCAGGUGACUACCUCAUGAAGCUGGUUGAGAGAAUGCAAAGCUGUCAAAGGCUGGCUACUUUAAAGAAUCUAAAAUAGAAAAUGUUUUGAUUUGUUUAACACUUUUUUGGUUACUAAAUGAUUCCAUAUGUGUUAUUUCAUAGUUUGUCUUAACUAUUAUUCUACAAUGUAGAAAACAGUAAAAAAAAUAAAGAAAAGGCCUGGAAUGAGUAGGUGUGUCCAAAUGUUUGACUGGUACUAUAUAUAUAUAUAUCUCAUUUAUGAAAGAAAUGCUGUAAUAUUUGGGACUGGGCGACAAAAGUUAACUCCCGCAAUAUCGGUAGUUAUUACCAAUUUGUAACAGUUAUAAUUUUCAGUCUUAUUAAUUCAUUGUACUGUUAGUCUCUUGAUAAGACAUGAUUAUUUCAAGUGAUGCCAGUAUGUUGAAUGGGCCACUAAAACUAAGGCAUUUACAAUGUGAUGACUUCUGUAUGCAUAUUUAAAUUACCACCUUGCAGAUUAAUUUUGGAUAUUAGGCCUAUUCUGCUAAUGGAUUAUUUUAUUUUUUAAGAAGGAUGUUUUGAGAAGUUUGUAAGGAGUACUUUGUAUUUUAUUGUAAUUUUCCAAGUACAAAUUAUUUUAUAAAGGAGUAUGGAUUUGGAAAUCUG